AUGCUGGUUAGUCUCGCAUCCAACAUUGGCCACUAUGAAACCUAUGAAAUCAUAACUGCAGCUGCUCGGGUGAGAGUACAAGUGAAUGGACUUAUGCCCUUGAUUACCUCUUCAACCAUCGAGUUUAAUACGGGAGAGGAAGUCGUAGCUGAGCUGGUUUAUGAAAAGCUGGAAAAACACUACUCUAAUUGCAUCAUGCUGGAUCAUGAAAUCAAGGACUGCCCUCAAGCCGAGAAGGUCCCCCAUCUCAGUGCUACUAGAAAACAGGAUAGACUUAAGUAA